AAGAUAGAACCGAUAGAUGUGCGAAAUUGUUUUUUUUUUCAUGGUUUCAUUCUUCAAAUAAUUUGGCGAUAAAAUCUGCAAAUUAUUUUUCAUAUUAUCAUGUUGGACGUCAACGCGUUUAAUUAAACCGAUCUGAACAGUCUUCGAUGACUGGGAAUUGCGAUCAGAGUGAAUUACGUUGAUUGUGGCAUUUAAAUGGAAAUAUUCAUGAUGACACAAAAGCUUGUGAUAAUGGAUGUCCUCUGCUAGAGUAAAUAAUUGUGUUUCUCAAUAAUGGACGAGAAGUUAUUAAAUGAUUUGCUUGAGUGUUCAGUAUGCUUAGAACGCUUGGAUACAUCAAGCAAAGUGCUGUCUUGUCAGCAUACAUUUUGCAAAAAAUGCCUGGAUGAAAUUGUAGCUACUCAUAAAGAGCUUCGAUGUCCAGAAUGUCGAACACUUGUAGAAUGUCGGGUGGACGAACUGCCACCUAAUGUAUUACUCAUGAGGAUAUUGGAAGGUAUGAAGAGUAAAAAUGCAAUGGUAUCACCGCCUAAAAAACCUUCAGCUGUUGCAUGUUCCGACCAAAGACCGCCAAAAACAUCUAAACAAGUGCCAUAUCAACGUAAUAUGUUUGCAAGAGCAUUAUAUGAUUAUUCUUCCAAAGAACCUGGGGAUUUAAGUUUUAAAAAAGGAGAUAUGAUUAUAUUACGCCAAAAAGUUGAUUCUAAUUGGUAUCAAGGAGAAGCUAAUGGAGUAAUUGGUAUAUUUCCUUUAUCAUAUGUACAGGUGUUUCCAACAUCACUUCCUAGUCAUAUACCACAAUGUAAAGCAUUGUAUGAUUUUAAAAUGAAUAAAGAGGAUGAUGAAGGAUGCUUAUCAUUUUCAAAAGGUGAUAUAAUCACAGUUUUAAGACGCAUUGAUCAAAAUUGGGCAGAAGGAAAAAUUUCCAAUCGCAUUGGUAUAUUUCCUUUAUCUUUUGUUGACUUGAAUCAAAUAGCUCGUGCAUUAAUGAAACUGUCAGUUAGUUCACAACCUACUCAAAGUAGAAUGGCUCCUCCUACUCCCGAAGAAGCUGCUCCUUUAUUGCCAAUUGAACUAUCAGCUGCUUGUCAAUCAACAAAUACCAAACAUAAUACAACUGAUGAAGCAAAACAUGUACUAGAUAAUACAAAAGUUACCAGUGAGAAUACUUCAUCAUCAUCUUCUUCUACAACUACUACAUCUCCAAAUACUACUUCUCCAUCAGAUACCACAUCUAGCUCUCCUAGCCGGUCACCUUCACAUGCUCCUUUUGUUGAUAAUUCAAUAAAUCGUUCUUUACCAUCAUCAAAUCCAGACCCCCCUAAACGACAUAGUUUUACAAAUGGGGUUGGGCCUGUUUCAUCAAGCCCUCAUUCAUCAGAAAAUAAACGAUAUUCGGCUGAGAUUUUAUCACAAGACGAUAUUGCUAUAUUUUCUAGUCCAAAUACCAGUUUAGAAGUUCAAUCCAGUCAGCCAAUGAAUGGAGUGAGGGAUUCUAAACUUCAUCGUCAUGGAAGUCUUAGAAGUCAUUCUAAACCAAUAGCUACCCAGAAUGUAAGGUCUAAAAUACCUAUUCAACUGCCAGCUAAACACGUCUCAUUAUACCCUUAUAAACCUCAAAAAGCUGAUGAACUUGAAUUAAAACGUGGUCAGUUAUACAUGGUUACCGAAUGCUGUAAAGAUGGCUGGUAUAAAGGAACAUCAUUAAAAACUAAUUGUUCUGGUGUUUUUCCUGGAAACUAUGUAACACCUGCAAAAAUAUCUGUUCGUCUACUUGGAAAAUCUAGCAAUAAUCCAUCUUCAGUUCAAGAACAAAAAGAUGAUCAUUCGUCAUUUAAUGGUCAAUUAAAUGAUUGUAGUUUUCAAAGUGAUAUAGAUGAAAAUUUACCUUUAUAUCCACCACCUGAACUACCACCACGUAGCAGUAGUCCUUCUGUACAUAGUCGUGUAUCAAGUUGGUUGUCUGAAAUGCCAUCAACAUCUUCACGUGUUCGAUCAGCACCUACGCACAACGUAAAAUCUAUGUGUUGUAAUACAGUUUUGCCCAAUUCAAUUAAGCCUAUAGCAGCAUCAACUGACAAAGAUUCAAUAAAUACAGGUGUGGUUAAUACUGUUGCUGGUGCUGCUGCUCCUCCUUCUACUGCAUCACCAUCACAUUCCUUGAGCCCAGAAAAUUUAGCUCAAAAACGUGGAAGGAAAAAAUGCUUUCUUACAAAUUCAGUGAUGCGUAGUUUUUCUAAUAUAAAAAUUAGAAAAUCACCUCCCCCUGUAUAUUCAAUGGAUAAUCCAGUAUUUGAUGAUAAUACUUCAAACAACACAGUUAUUGCACCAUCUCAACCAGUUCAUACUAGAUCCGAUUCUUGUCCAUCAAAAUUACUAAAUGUAGAUGCCAUACAAAGGGUUCCUGAGCAACUUCCAAUAAAAGUCAGAGGAAAUCAUAAUUUUAAAAGUGAACAGCAGCCAAAUGGAUCAUCGGUUUUAAUACAUCAUCGUAAAUCACAUAGUUUAGAUACAAAUAAUGGUAUAUCAGUAGACAUUAAGCCACAAGAUCGAAAACUUAAACAAAAUUCACGUACUCAGCAAAAUAUGUGCAGAUGUAUUGUUGCAUAUCCACCAAAUAGUGAGUAUGAAUUAGAACUCCGUGUAGGAGAUAUUUUAUAUGUACAUAAGAUUAGGCAAGAUGGGUGGUAUAGGGGAACAUUAUUGAGAACUGGAAAAAGUGGUUUGUUUCCAUCAAGUUUUGUUGAGAAAAUUUAAUAAUAUUUUCUACCUAAAAUAUAGUAAAUAAUUUUAUUUAGGAACGUUAGUCAUUGUUAAUUUAAUUUAACUUAACUAUUAGGGUAUCUAGUUAUUUAUUGGUAUAAUAAUAAAUAUAUAUCUCAUUUAAUGUAUAUACCAAAAUUGUAUCAAUGAUGUAGAAACAUGUAGACUCUUAAAUAUUUAAUUUAAUUUGUGUAAUAAUUUGUGACUGCUUUGGUUAAGUGUAUUUUUAUUUAUAUUAAAAACUCAAUAAAUUUAACCAUAUUCAUUAAUUAAAAGUUUAAACAUUUUGUAUUUAAUGUGAUAUUAUGUAUUUUAGAAAUAGAAGUCAACUAUAUUAGUUAUAGAUUUAAUUUUUAAUUUUAAUAGAAAUCAAUACAAUUUUCAGAUUUCUUAUUUGUAUAAUUUAAAAUUUAUUUUAUUAUAAUUCAAAGACGAAUUAUAUUUUAUUUAUUUAUUAUUAGGAAUAUAAAAACACCUAUAAUUACAGAAUAUCCAAAAUAUUGUUAAUUUGUUAUAAAGCUAUGUUUUUGUAGGUAUACUGUAAAUUGCAAUUAAGAUUUUUUUUAACAAAAGUCUAUUAAAUAUUUGUUUAAUGAAGAUUAACAGAUAAUUUUUUAUUUAGUUUUAUUUAAGAUCCAAGACUUAACAGAUAUAUUGAAGAAUAAAAUAACAUAAUUAUAUUGUAUUAACAAUAUAAUAUAAUAUAUAUAUAAUAAUAAAUCUGAUGCCAAAAAUUAAACACAUUUAAAUACAAUGGGCCAUAUUAUGUUAUAACUUUGUUUGCAUUUUUCAUAAGAAUUUAAACAUGAUUUUAUAAUAUUAUAUAAUUUAAUGAUGCUAGGUUAGAACCACGCAUUAGUGUUGAAUAAUACUUAACCAAAGUAUUAGGUAGGUAUCUGUUGAGUUUGUAAAAUUUUGAGAAAACAAAUGAAGUGACCAAGCCUAUCUAAUCAAAAAAAUUAAUAACUUAAGUUUGAUUAAAUUUUAAUUUUUACUGUGAUAACUAAAUUCUAUUAAAAAUAAAAUAGGAUUUAGUUGUUUCGAAUGGUUGUAUUUAUAUUAUUCAAUUACCUACAUAAAGUGAUAAAUGAUCAAUGUUUUUUAAUUUAAUUGCAUGUUUUCUUUUUAUCUUAUAUUCAAUGGUUUUAUUGAAUAUGUAAAAUCAACUUAUUUGUAGCUACUUUUCUUGUGAUAUUUACACUGACUUUUACUAUUUUUUUAUAAAUAUAAUUAUAAAUAUUAACACAUAUAUUUGUUAUAAAUUGUAUUUAUCAUAUAAUUUUAUUAACUGCAAUUUUAAUCAUUAAUAUUUAAUAUAUACCUAUAACCAUUUGGAGUAAUUUCAAAAUCAAAUAUAAUAUUACAAUACUAAAACUAAUAUUAUCAAUAUUUUAAACUCAAAGAAACCUAUUUGAUUGUGAAAUAAAAUACAAUACUAUUGUAUUUAAAUCUUUUUAAAAUAAUAUGAAUAUCUUAAUUAUUUUGAUUAUAAUAAAAUAAUUGCUGUGUCCAGGGUUGUUGCUGAACUAUUUACCAUUAGAAUUACUUAUUUUUUUUCUAUGAACAAUUUCAUAAUGUAUAGAUAUUUUGGCAAAGCAAUAAAAAAUAAUAUUAAAUAAUUAAUUAAGUGGUAUUGAAACAAAUCUAUUAUUUGCUAUUUAAUUUGUAUUCAAUUGUUAUCCUUUAUAAAUGUCUUACUAUUUUAUUGAUUAGCAACAGCCCUGGUUUUAUUUAAUUUAUUAAAAAACAAUGUUUUGGAAUGCUUUUAAUGAUAUACUUCAAUUAUUAAUAUUGUUUGUGAAACAAUAAUAACCAACAAAUUGCUACAUUGAUCAAUUUUGUAGUUGCAGAAUAUUUAGUUAUAUAAGAUUUAAAAUACUAGUGUGAUAGACAAUUAAUAUAAUUUAAGACUUAAAUCUUAUUUCUUUAAACAACAUGGCUUAUAAUUUAUAUUCAAUUAAUUAAAUAUAAUAUAAAGGUUUGUGAUUUAUGAUGUUUAAUAGUUUAUUAUAACUACAAUUAUAUAUUAAUAAAAUAUUCUGAUCAAAAUUAUUAUGUAUUUCAAUAUGUACAAAUUAAUUUAAGAACUGUUUAUUUUUCCUUCCUCAACACAAUUUCCAACUUUUUUUUUCUAAUUUGUUAUUUAUUUAUUUUUAUGUUUUGAUGUAAUACAGAAAGUCUCUUUGUA